AUGUUCCGAGGCGCUGUUGUCAUGGUGCUGGCUCUCGUGUCUGCUGUGCAGGGAGCCCCAACGACCUCCAACGUAUCGCACAGUGUGGUCAGACGGUGUGGCUCGAUCUCGCAAUAUUUCAACCCAAAGGCUGAGGAUUGGAAUAACAACAAUAUUGACACCUGGCUCAACACUUGGUGGAACGAUCAUACGGACCUGAUCAGUAGCAACACGGCAGGCUUUGCCGGUGCUUUUGGUCAGUGGGCCAUUGGUAACCCCGACUGGUCGUGUCGCGAUGAUGGGUCAACCUCGGACUGCGACUUGAAUGUGUGUGAUAACCGAGUGAUCAAUGAUCGGGGCGACGACAUGCGUCCUACAUACUACGUCCUCGAGUCGGUCAAUCGUCUACACUCGUACUUCUUGGGAGUCAGCCAGGCAUUUAGCACAGCAGCGCUUGGUGCCGCACUGUCCAAGGACGAGUGGGCCUUGACUUUCUACAAGGACAAGGACGACAAAAGUGUGACUGUGUUGAAGGAGAUUCUCAAUGUAGUCACAACUAUCAUCGGCAUUGGCGCCUCCUUCGCUGGCCUUGCAGAAGUUGCAGCUGCAGGUGCUGUUGCCGGCGCAGCCUCCACAUUGGCCGGGGGCGCGAACAGCGCGGCCGGUAUAGUUCUUGGGAGCCAUCAAGACGACACCUUCCAGAAAUCGGCAGACCUCGGUGGCAUUCUUGGCACGAUUGUCGUCGACUCGCUGAAAUCGUUCACCACGGCCAACAACGAUCUGAUGGCCGGUAAAACCUACAAUGAUCACGACAUCCGUAGCUACCUCUCCGGCGGCGCCUUCCUCGAUUUUGGUGGCGUCGAGAAAAACGCCGUCACCGACUCGAUGACCGCCAUGCUCGUGGGUUCCGCCAUCAACGCUCUCUGGCGAACGCAAAAGAUCUUCAUCCUCGGUGGAGGCGCAUGCAAUGAUGGACAAGGCAUCGGCGAAGGUCCCCAGUCCUAUGGGAUCUGCAGCAACGGCAAGGCCUGGUACCUCUACUACUGGCAAGAAAACGACGUGCCUUCUCUGACUUCUCAUCAAUGGGGAUGGGUUGCGACGCCCCCCGGAGCCGAUCGAUUGGGUUCCAAUGAAUAUAGCGGCGUGACAAUCGAGGAUGUGAUCAAAUCGUCCUGGGAUGCCUGGAAUGUCGCCGGAUAUAACUACAACGCCGAUACCGCUCGGCAACGGGCCGAAUCCGCGAUCAAGGAUGGCUGGGCUGUUCCGGGUGCUCAUGGGGCGGCCUGGGAGGGGAUUUUCACGAUUCCAGUAUGCGAUGUUGGCGCGGCCGUGGAUUCAGACUGGCAGGACAAGCAGUACAUUCUCCAGAACUACGGCCAUGACAGUCGUCCUGUGUGGUGUGGUCCGAUUUGCGGUGGGGAUAUUCAGAAGACGCGGGAUUUCAUCAAAGCGGCGAACAUGGAGGGCUUCCAGAGCCCGAAGCACCUCUGUGAUGUGGACCCUGGAUACUAG